AUGGUCCAUCUGGUCAGACAGACUUUUGUCACCUACUCUCGAAGACUGAACAAUAGACUGAAAAGUCUUAGUGAUAUUUCGCUCAAAUACCUUCCGUUUUUCAAGUUCGAGCCUCCAGCUCCCCCAGGGAUUUGUAUUGAAAGCCUAUCAGACAGUAACAAACACUUGGCUCCUUUGGUGAAAAGUAUCACUCGUGGUCGGAUGGAUUCUCAUUAUUUGUUGAAUUUGGUCAAUUACGAACCUGUUUUCUAUCAUGCUCAGGCUCUAACGUCUGUUUGGCAUGGACUGCCCAUUGCACGGCGGUCGGCUGUGUUAGUGCUAUUGUUUCUGGGUAAACAGGGUGAGCUUAGAGUCAUCUUGACGAAGAGAUCAAGGCGACUCAGACAUUUUUCUGGCCAUAUAUCUUUCCCUGGAGGAAAGGUUGAUAAUGGAUUAGAGAGUGAGUUCCAAUGCGCUCGCAGAGAAACUGAGGAAGAGAUUGGCAUUUGCCGUCACAACGAUAAUCUGAUGCAGCGGUUUGGAUGCGAGAUCAAACAUCUAAAGGUGCUUCCUUCCUACAUGGCUCGUACAUUACUGGCUGUCGCUCCCUGCGUCGGAUUCCUCAAUUGGGAAGGCUCCAAAGUGGAUGAAUUAGAGGAACAGACCCUUGGAUCGUUGGGUCUUAAUCCUGGUGAAUCGGCUUCUGUUUUCAGCGUUCCCUUAAGGGAUUUCCUACAGCCUCGUCCCAGGCGCGUUGAGUUGCUAGAGUGUCUUAAGCAGUCUUAUAUCAAGACUAAAUGGGGAGGGAUUCCUUGGAGUCUUAGACAAUUUAUCUUUCCAACUCAAAAUGAGAAUGAGGUGAAGUGGCUUGCCGAUGUAGAGGAUCUUUCGUCUUCUUCCGAUGAUGAGCAUCAGGAUGAGACUCACGCAGAUCAGGAAUUUGAUAUCAGAACGCGUAACUGUUGGGGUCUCACAGCUAAUAUCCUACACGAUGUCGCGGAAAUCGUGUACAAUCGCAAUUAUGGUAGAGUUGUUGGACAGGAGGAUCUUAUAUGGUCAUUACUUGAGCAUGGUCAAAUGAAAAUGAAGGAUAGAAGCACUUUUGAGAAGAAGUUGAUAAAUAACGUCACUGGUUGUUCGUUUAGAGAGUGCGUCGGAGAUACAGACUUUAAUAAGCUAAAGAGGAUGUAUGGAGGAAUAUAG